GUACAUAGGUACACUUUUUAGGUACUUUUACUUUACUUGAGUAUUUUCAUUUAAAGCUACUUCAUACUUGACUACAUUUCAGAGGGAAAAAUUGACACUAAUAGUUAGUUUACAACUUAAGACGUAACAUACAAAACCUAAGACCAGCUUAUAAAAUAUGAUGCAUUGUUAUAGAUGUAACUACUUCAGUGUGUAUAGUACUACAGUAUAUAUAUAUAGUAGUAACAUUACUAUGCUGCUUACAUAUUAAUGCAUUAGUAAUAUCAACCCAAUAAUAUGAGUAUUUUUACAUUGUGGUAUUUCUACUUUUACAUAAUUAAAGAUCUGAAUACUUCCUAUACCACUGAGGUUGCAGGUGUGAGUGUACAGUCUAUGAAACCCCAUCUGGUAGGCUAUAUGGCGCUAUCUAGUGGCAGCAGUUGGAAAACACGUAUUACAAACACUACAAUGUGUUGUACAAAUACACUCUCACUUUCUUCACAUUGUGGGAAUAUUCAUUUGUUGGCUAUUUAUAUUUCAGAUUUUGCUGAUCCUAAAUUGAUCUUACAUUUGAAGAGCCCCUCAAGGACCUUUGUUAUCAGUAUGAUCACUAAAGGUUAAAUGUAACUUUAUAGAGGAUUAAUGCUGUUGUGAAUACAUUCCUCACUACAAACAUACACUCUUAUAGCACUGAAAACUGGAAAUGAGCUUUCUCAUGUGCGGUAUUAGUUAUCUAUAACAGAUUAUAGCCUUCUCUCUACCACACCCCCUUCCAUCACCACCACCACCAUAGAUGCUCUCACAUACGGACAACAACCCUUCUUCAGACCAGACCCCGUUGCCUAGCAACGCCCUGCCAAGUGGCCCAGGGGCGGGAACAAGGCACUUGGCUUCCGCAGUAAUUACAGUGCGUGUGUGCGUGUGUGUAUAGUUUAACUGUGAGAACAUGCUUACAGUAGGCCUACUAGCAGUCUCAUGACCAAAAAGAAACCACACGAGUAGAGUAGUAGCCAUGUUCAGUACAAUUAUUUCUCUUCAGGCCUCUGAAAGGUCAGAUUUUAAACUCAUUAAGUCUCGAUAAGAAAUGUCUCAGCAUGAUAACACACAUCAGUAAAGCCACAUGAAAAAUCUAUACAUGUUCUAUUAUAUCAUUUGUGUAUCAAGUUCCAUGUUGGAUAUUACAAAGCCUCAACAUGUUGAAAUCAUAAAUUGGGUACUCCAUUUUACAAUUUUCACGUAUUUUAAAGUAUCAGAAAAUUCUUAAAAGUCUUUAUCAGUAAUGAACAACUUUAAAUAUCAUCCUGACCUAGCGUUAAUGUGACUGGGUGCAUCAUAGUGAUAAAGAGUAUUGCUUUGGCCAACAGCCUGUAAGCCUAAAUAUUUCCCUUGUGUGCCAGGGGCAUAUCCUCAGUUGGCUGCCCGCUAAUGAUGUUUUCUGCUCGGUGAACCAGGGCUGUGACUCCACUUGGCUACAGUCACUCCUCGCUCAGGGAGGGUUUCUCUGAAGGAGAGGACAAACUGGGCACCAGAAAGCCAGGACUGUCACCCUGUGACACCACAGUGCACAGGGGUGAAACACACACACACACACACACACGCCUCCCUUUCCCGUUCGCCCAACCCCCACAACACAGAAGUCACCGCCCUUCCCUCUCGCUCGCUCUCACACCAACAUGACUAUCAACACCGCCGUUCCAACCCGCCCGAAGCGGCGGAGCAUCAUGGGAGUUGUAGUCCCGGCAGCCCAAUCCAGUUCGAGAAGGCGAGGCCUCACCAAAAUACAACUCCCAUCUCGACCCUCGCACGCCGAGCCCUGUCGUCCAAUCUGAAUAUGUGGGAGGAGCACGUCCGCCCACAAAAGCCACAGCUAUCUCCCCGUAUCUCCCCCUUAAAAAAUCAAUUGUGCACGAAAAAAAGGGAAUACGCAUAAAAUUCAAAUACUGGUGACUGUUUGUUUUCGGUGCACAACGGACGGCGACGAGGCGUCCCCGCGUCGUGCGGCGAGAGAAACGGCAGCGACAGGCAGGAGCAGCGAAGAGGGUGUUGUCCUGAUGCUUAAAUGGAAGUGGGUGGGCCUCUACGGUCACACACUGCCAACUUCUCUGUGGAUAUCAUUCUGACAAGCGCUAAUUUGCUCGUUUAUGGACUGGUUAUCCGGUAAAAGAGACAUACGACGGGGCUGCGAGGAGGCCGACGGGCCGGGGACGGUCACCGUGUUCUCCGUUAUUUCCGUUAUUUGGGGCCGCUUGAUUGUGCCUGCGCUUGGCACCGCCCUUCCUGGCCGGUGGGUGGUUUCGUCAAACGGGCAGAUCCGCUACGGCCCAGCGCCGAACAUAUAGGCCGUCCUCCGCCUCUGUACCCGGCCGGCCUUCUACCGUGAACUACACCCUCUCCCUAUCGGUAUAUUAAUGCGUUAUGAGUGACUCGAAGAAGGAAUCUGGAACUGAAGGAGGGAAAGCAUCUAAAAAGGGGAAAAGUUCUGGAUCACAGGAUUCCUCUCAGCCCUCGCCGUUGGCUCUGCUAGCGGCCACCUGCAGUAAGAUCGGAGGGCAGGGGGGAACGGAGGGGGCCCAGGCCCACGUGGGGGCCCAGCAGAUCCAGGUCCAGGCUGGUCACAUUCAGCUGCAGGCAGGUCAGCUCCAGGGUCAGAUAGUGGUGGACACAGCUGGAGGUCAGGCCCUUGUGCCCCAGCAGCUGGAACUGGUCCCAGCUCAGUUCACAGGGAACGGCUGGCAGAUCAUUACAACAGCGCCUACUAUGGCCAAAGAGAACACCAAUCAGCCUGUUGCCGUGACGGUGGCCACCACCUUGGCUAAUGACAGCUCACCUGGCGGACGCAAGGUGAAGUCAGUAGGUGGGACCAACAGCGUUGCAGCCAAUCAGCAACAGCAACAGUUCCAGAUCAUCCAGGUUCAGAACCUGCCCAAUGCCGGGGGCGGGGUCCAGUAUCAGGUCAUCCCACACCUGCAGACUGCAGAUGGACAGCAGAUCCAUAUCAGCCCAGCUCAGACAGCCUCCAUCGGGGCUCUACCGGAGCAGGUCCAGCUCAUCCAGACCCAGAGUCCAAGCCAGACCCAGGCUAUCCUCCAGCCAGCCAACCAGCAGGCCAUCCUGACAAGUACAGCCAAUCAGACGGUCCCGCUGCAGAUCCGCCCUGCGCAGUCUUUCCCACUACAGCUGCAGACUCUGCAGGGCUCCCAGACUCCUGUUAUGACCACUGUACCCAUAAACCUCGGUGGCAUGACCCUGGCUUUGCCUGUGAUAAAUAAUGUUGGAGGGGGCGGGGCUGUGCAGCUUAUCCAAUCAGCAGAUGGCACAUUCUCUGUUGCCAAUGGCAACCAGCUGAUGACAACAGCAGUGUCUGGGGCAACUGCUGCAACAACAUCAACUGGCUCGACAGUGGCUGUAGCCGAAGGUGACAGCGUGUCUGAUGGGACGCAAAUGGUUUCUGUUGGAUCAGAGGGUGGACCAGCUGACACCCAAGUGCAGAGCAGUGAGGCAGACUCUCAAAUCCAGAACCAGGCCAACGGGCUGCAGAACCAGUCAGAUACAGCAGGAACCAUCCAGCAGGUGAUCGUGGGCCAGGUGGGGCACCAGUUGGUGCAGCAGAUCCAGUUGCAGCCCCAGGCUCAGAAUCAAGGUCAGGCCCAGGGACAGCAGCAACCUCAGCACAUUCAGACCCUCCAGCUGGCCCCAGGACAAACCCUGCAGCCCAUCCAGGCCUUUCAGAACCCAGCCCAGGUCCUUAUUCGUACCCCAACCCUGUCCCCCUCUGGGCAGAUCACCUGGCAAACACUGCAGCUGCCCGGUGGAGUGUCCCUGCAGGGCGGCCUCGGGACAGCCAUGCCGCAGCAGCUGACACUGGCCCCGGUGGCCGGUGGGACAACAGUGGGGAGUGGAGGGCUGGUCUCCCUGAGUGGAGCUCCUCUGACGCUGAGCGCAGCCCAGAUCAACCCAGGGUCUGGGGUACAGACGGUCAGCAUCGCAGGGCUGGGCACUGCAGGGGUUCAGAUGCAGGGUGUUCCCCUCACCAUUACUGGUCUACAGGGUCAACCACAGGGUCAGGAUGGGGUCAAAGUUCAGUCCUCUCCCGUGACGGUCACUGUUGGCAACGUAGCAUCAGGCUCAUCAAUGAGUCCAGACCAGCUAGGCUCCGUACAGAGUUCUUCGGACCAGGAGGGACCGCCCAGCAAGAGGCUUCGCCGUGUCGCUUGCUCUUGUCCGAACUGCAGGGAUGGAGAGGGAAGGAACAGCGGGGACCCCACAAAGAAGAAGCAGCACAUCUGCCACAUGGAGGGCUGUGGGAAGGUAUACGGCAAGACAUCCCACCUGAGGGCCCAUCUGCGCUGGCACACCGGCGAGAGGCCGUUUGUCUGUAACUGGAUCUUUUGUGGCAAGAGGUUCACCAGGAGCGACGAGCUGCAGAGACACCGGAGAACGCACACAGGAGAAAAGCGUUUUGAGUGUCCCGAGUGCUCCAAACGCUUCAUGCGCAGUGACCACCUUUCCAAGCACAUCAAGACCCACCAGAACAAGAAGGGUGGAGCUGCAGUGGCAAUCAUCACCACUGAUGACAUGGAGGAAGACGCCCCUGAAGGCCUUGGUGACUCCCCUCAGAUUGUCGCUGUGGCGACCCUCUCGCGUGACUCUGACCCUGCUACACCCACCACCUCUAAUCACCUGGAGGAGGAGGAGGAAGAGGAGGAAUUUGAAUAGGCAACUGACUCCUGUUUCUUUGUGGAAGGCUGACUUCCUGUUUUUUUGGGAGUCUUUGCAGAGACUGUAAGGGUGGCUUCAUUUUCUUUUCUUUACUUUUAAUUUGACAUCAUUUUAAAAAUGUUGUUCUCUCGUGAAAAGGGACUCGAGACGGGAUCAUGCAAUGAACAAAAACCGAAAAAUAUAAACAUCACAAUCUAAAAAAACUAACACAUAUAAUAACAAAACUUUUGCCUAAACGUAUGAAAGAUUAGUUUGGCAUUUAUAAAAUGAAUCUAUAAUAAUUCAUGCCUGGUGGGGAAAGGAAUAUAAAUAGUGUCUAGAUUAGCACAAGACAGGGGGACCUGCUGAAUUUAAAACCAUUCAACAUUGAGAGACAUUUUCCUAAUCGCAACAGAAUCGAACUCUAUGCACAAAGUUGUGUACCUGUCAGACAGUGCUGAGGGUCAAUCAUGGUACAGGACUGUUGCAGAGUAGUGAUAGAGCAGGGGCAGUCUUGGGAUGGUGUGUGUGUAUAUGUGACCUGUGUGAAUGAGUGUGUGUUUGUAUUCCCAUGGUAUCACGGAGAGGAUCUACCUAAUUUGAGUUUUAUUCAUGGUUCAGGUUUAGUCCUCAGAUCAGAUUCAGGUGUUGAUUCCUUUGAAAACAGUCAAUGGAUAAACUGAAGAAGAGAGGGGAUAAUUCUAACAAAAAACAAAACAAAAAAAAAGAGUAGAAAAAAAGCACAUAUAAAAAGAUUUAUAAAUAAUGCAUUCCUAUUGAGGCGCAGUGGCCAUUAGAAAAAAGGUUUCUAUAGAAAAAACAAUCUAGCUUUCUACAACUUUGUUUGUGUAGUGAAAGCAAUACUAUUAUGACAAUCCUAGUGAAACCAUGUUUACAUUGUCAGGGGAGGUUUUCUCUGUUAAUAAAACAAACCAGUUCGCUCUAAGAUUAGGGAAAACAUCUGAAAGCAGUGCUGUAGUCGGAACAAAGCCAGUUAUACUUUGGAGAUACCACAGGGUGGCUUUAACAUCACAGCUGCACAGUCUAUCCAGUGUGAGUUUGUAAUUUUUAUAUGAUCGAUUACCAUCAGAUGGUACCUGGUAGAUGUAACGACAGUUUCGUCCGACAGCGGCACCGUCACUGAUGUUGCUUUUUGCUUUCUGUGCUCUGGCGAUGACCCCUCUCCACCUCUAACCCUGCUACGUGACCGAUGUACCACAAUUGCCUUAACACAAGCUGUUGUACAGAGGGAACUUCAGUUAGAGUUAGGUGGAUGGAGAAAAGAGGGAGCUCCCCUGCAUUAUUAGGGGGUGACAUGGAGAGCAGACCACAGCACAGGGUGGUAAAGUGAGACAAAGUGAUAAGAGCUGUGGGUGGGAGUGGGUCGGGCUAUUUAGCUGUGUGGAUAUUAUGAGAUGUUUUCUGGUGGUGUUGCUCUGUGUUAGUUCAGUGCGUACAUUCUUUUUAAAUUAAAAUAUCAUUUUAUUUUAUAGAAUUUAUUAGUUGUUUUAAAAAGUCCCCUCCCAGUAUGUUAACACACAGGACCCCCAGUGUGUAUGGCUAAUUUAUUAUUUAUCCUUGAUUUGUACUAUUUGCCUUUUGCUGGACUUGUAUUUGUGUGCGUUGAUUCUGAGGUUGUGUACAGCAUGUUUGAGUUUUUUUGCUGUAGUGCUGCUUCUCUCUUCUUUACUCUUUGUGCUUCUGUUUUCUUUUUCUAUGUCUCUGACCAUUGCUGUUCAUUUCUUCUUCUCUUUGCGCCAUAAUGUGUUUUUGGAGAAAAAUAAAUAACAAAAGAAGAAGAAAGCAAAAAAGUUACUAUUGUUUAAAGUUGAAAAGAUUGAUACCAAACAAAUUUAGAUGUUUUUGGUAAUAUUUUGUGUGACAACCAACUUUUUUUCUUUGAUAUUUUGUAGUGACAUCUCAUUUGUAAAUCUUUUUCUAAAAGAUGUUUGUUCGUCUCCAUGACAUUUGAUAAUGGGUUUUUUGCUAGGUUAGCCUCAAAGGCCCCAGGUUAUUGAUAUUUUUAAAACUGGUUUGUACAAAGGUGUUAUGUCAAUAAAAAUAAAAAAAAUAUAAAAAAGGACAACUUCAAGCAGAAAAGAUGCUUUGCCUGCAUAACACUUGACAAUAAAGUGAUUAAAAACGCUCUUAAAUUCC